UACUAUUGAUUGUUGAAGUUUCUCUUCUCUUACUCUGACUCCUAUAUUCCUAUUCCUACAAAAUAAAAAAAUCGCAUUCACUUUUUUUCUUCCCUUAUAUUCCUUCUUCCAUUCAUUCAUUCACAUUCUACGCUUUCUUCAGAGCUUGCACUUGUUCCACCCUUCUCCAAUUCUCUUAUCUGUGGAAAGCUUUGUCUUUUACUGGAUCCUCUGCCCAAUAUGUUCAAUCAUGGUUUGUUUGUUGCGUCGUUUGAUGAGAUUCAGGCACUCUUCAGAGAACACUUUGUGAGUCAAAAGAGACAUGGCCUUAGACCAGUAUUUUGAGGAGGCUAUGCCCCAGUUGGAUUCCUUCGAAGAUAAAUCGUUUCUCGAAACAUGGAAAUGUGACAGUGACGAUAUCGCAGAUUCUGAUAGAAAUGCCUCUGGUGUCUUUGAUUGCAACAUCUGCCUGGAGUGUGUGCAAGAUCCAGUGGUUACUCUUUGUGGCCAUCUCUACUGCUGGCCCUGUAUUUACAAAUGGCUUAAUUUCCUAAGUGCCUCUUGUGAAAAUGAAGAGAAGCAACAAUGUCCAGUAUGCAAAUCAGAAAUCUCACAGUCAUCCCUUGUUCCCCUAUACGGCCGCGGCCAAACUGAGUUACCUUCUAAAGGCAAAGGCCACCAAGUAGGGGUUGUCAUACCAAGAAGACCCCUUGGUCCUUCACUUGAUUCUGUUACUGUUUCCCGACCUAUUUCUCACGUUUAUCAUCGACACUAUCCGAAUCAACCUCAACAACUCAACUUAAUUCCUGGCAGUUACACUUCAAUGUUCAACACAGGUGGUUCACUAGCAAAUGCAUUUGAUACAACAUAUGGAGUCUUUGGUGAGAUGAUAUAUGCAAGGAUCUUUGGGAACCAGAUGACUAACACAUACACAUACCCGAAUUCAUAUGAUCUUUCAGGGAACAGUAAUCCAAGGAUCAGAAGGCAUUUAAUGCAAGUUGAUAGCUCACUCAAUAGAAUCACUUUUUUCCUCCUUUGUUGCAUAGUUUUGUGCCUUCUCUUAUUCUGACUGCUAUUGCAUACUUUUUGUGCAAUACAUCCCUGUAUAGAAUACAAGCAUUAUGCGGAUUCUGCCAGAUGCAUCAUAUACUAUAGAGAAGUUGUCUGAUGAUGAGAGAGAUAUUUGUAACUAGGCCCGUUUGGGUACAUAGCUUAAUUAAGGACUUGUUGAAUAAAUGCUUAUCAUAUGAUAAGCGUUUGUGUAUAAAUUGUUAUAAUCAAAGAAAAAAUAAGGUUAAACUAUUGUCAUAUAAAUUAUAAGUUGUUUUCAUUA